AUGCGACGGCUCGCACAGAAGAAGAAGUGCCUCCAACACAGAGCUCUCAUCGUCGCGUGGCUACGCGUCAAUUACUGCCUCCGGGCCAGCGGGUCCAUCGCCAAGCGCGACGUCUUCGUCCACUACAUUGAACUGUGCCGGGCCAACAGGAUUCAGCCAUCGUCGGCAGCGUCGUUCGGCAAGAUACUGAAGAUGGCCUUCCCGACGGUCAAGUGCAACCGCGUGGGUCCGCGCGGAGCCUCCAAGCAUCACUACCGGGGUUUGGUGCUGCGCGACACGUACCAGCUAUCGCUCGAGAACGUGGAGCCGAUCAGCGACGCGGCCAUCGCCGAGAUGAUGAGGAACAUGGAGGACAACGACAACAACGAUGACGAUGAUGACGAUGACGACGACACCACCGGUGGUGACGCCCACAGCGCCGUCAAAUCCGAGAGCUCCGGGUCGGCCUACGCUUCGCCCACCCAGCAGCAGCAGCAGCAGCCGCCGCACAGCUACCUCUCCUCGUCGUCGUCGCCCUCACCAUCGCCUCCGCCCUACAAUGGCUACGCCGCUCAGUUCAUGCCACCGCCUCCCGCGGCCUACGCGGCGUACCCGCCACUGCCGCCCGCGCUCUCCGCCGCGAUCAAGCCGGCCUACAUGCUCCCGCCGCCGUCGCAGCCGCAGAAUCAGCACUACAUGGCGCCGCACGACCUCAAGAAGGCCGAGUCGUUCUCGUGGAUCUCACCCGACAUGCACGAAUCGCGAUCGACCGCUUGCGCGCAGCAGCCCCCGUCGCAGGCAGCCUACAGGGAGUGGGCCGAGAAGCGCGACCUGGUCGAGUUCUGCGAGCGCAACUUCCAAUCGCUCUACGACACGAUCCUGCGAUUCAACUGCGGCGAGGGCAAGGACCAGGUGCUGACCCACGUCGCCGAGGCCUGGAAGAACCUGCGCCAGUACACCCAGCACAUGAACCUCUUCCCCGAGGCGCCGACCAGUACAUCGGCGGCGGCCAAGGCGAAGCAGGCGGGCGGCACGGGCGACUAUGCGCAGGGCGAGGGGAAGCGAGACCAGGAAGAGCGGUACAACCAGCUGGGCAACGACUACGACGAGCUCAAGCGCAAGGCCAUGCUCGAUGUCGGCUACAGCAGUAGCAGCAUGCUGCCGCACCACCACCAGCAGUUCCAUCAGCCGCUUAGCGCCUACCAGCACCAUCAACAAGCGCAGCAGCAGCAGCAGCAGCAGCAGCACAACAGCAAGCGACCAUACACUUCGUCGUCGCCUCAGUCGUCGCACGGUGGUAGUGACCACUACGCCGCCGCCGCUCCGCCUGCGCUCCCACCUCCCUCGUCGUCAUCGUCGACGACGACCGGUAGCACGCCGCCGCUGGUCUCCUUUUCGGGCAGCUCGUCGUCGCUGUCGCUGUCGUGGCUCAACUCGUUGCCCUUCUCCGUCAACAACUCGCAGUACCAGCAGAGCCAGCCGACCCACUACACGAGCUACCACCGCACCACCACCGCCGGUGGCGCUGGCCCGAACGCCGCUGCCGCCUCCUCCUACCAGCUACCCUCGUUCGCCGCGUCGGCCGAGGGGGGCAACCGAGGGGGCCUCGAGGGACUCGAGUACCGGUCCUUCGAAUGGAAGGGCGCGUUCGAGUAA